UUUAGUGGUGGGUUGUUAGAGUUAGGGCAGUAUGGUUAGGUUGCGGUUGGACUUGAUGAUCUUGAAGGUCCUUUCCAACCUGAGCAGUUCUAUGAUUCUAUGAUUCUAUGAACGCAGUUGGUUCACAAAGGGAGCCCCUGGGAGCUCCACACGGCCACAUGCCUCCGAGCAGGGGCAAUGGCAGGGCCUUGCCAGCCCAGGGCAGCUGAGAGGGCCCGUACAGGGGUGGGGCUGAAAGGUGGGGCUGGGCAGCUUGUGACCUGGCAGGUAGCGCUGCUUCAGUUUGGACUGGGCCAUUGAUCAUGGCUUUGGCAUUUGUCUUCGCCUUGCUGGUGCAGUGGGUGGCACGUGUUGGUGAUCAGUUCAAUGCGGUCAUGCUCAACCGUAUGCAGCAGUAUGAGGUCUACGUGCUAGAGCAGAUGAGCCGGCUGCUGCAAAAGAUAGAGGAGAGAAACCAGAGAGACCCAGAGAAGAGCAGGGUGGGCGUGCAAGCCUUGCUCUUCUCUGCAUUGCAUUCGUGGCGGUUUUGGGCCUCAGCUGGAGUGCUUGUCCUGCUCCUUGUGCUCUUCCGGUGUCACAGGAGAAGGAAAGGUGAAAUGCAUGCACAGGACAUGAGUUUGAGAUGCAAAGAGCACGUGGAAGACGAUGACAAGAACAACGCUGAAGUCAUUCUGUACGGAAAAGGAGAGACAUUUUCCACAGAGAAAUCCAGUUGUCCACUGACAGAUGAACAACUCUCGAGCAAAGUAGUGGAGGAACUUCUGAGUGUGUGUCAGACCAUUUCCAGGAGAUACUCCGUGCCACGGCUGCAGCCGGUCACUGGAAUGGACGUUGUCUUUGAAGGUGAGUGGCGCAGUGGGGGCUACGCCAUCCACUGCAUGCUGGUGCCCCUGAGGCCACCCCCCGGGCAUCUCUUCUGCUUGGAGCUGGGCCCUGAAGAGCAGACAGGGCUGAGGAAGUCCCGCCUCCGCGUGGAGCUCAUGUGCACGUGCAUAAGGGCACGGCUGGUAGGGGACGUGCCCUGCUUCCUGCACAAGCGUGAGAAGAAGCUGGAGGGAGAACGGAUGCCCAGCCUCCUCCAGACCCUGUGCUCCGGCUCCUACCUGGAUGUACAGAAAACCGCCAGCUGGCUCCAGGAACUGGUGGCACAAGCCUGGGCGGCCAUGCCCGAGUGGGCCAGCAUGCAGCUCCAGCUGCUGCCCUCCGCCCGCUUCUGUAAGAUCAAGCUGACCACCGCCUCCAGCAGGAGCCUGUACAUUGAACUGGUGCUCGGGGUACGGGAGGGCGGCCCGGACGCCUUCCUGACCUUCGAGUAAGCGGGUGCUGUCAGCAGCAGGAGGGGCCUGCGGGACACGCUGUCCCUGCUCGUUUUUGGGAAGCUGAACCAGAUGACCUUCAGAGGGCCCUUCAAAGCUCCAACUCCGAGGAUUCACACAGCAGUCACACCUGUGAAGGAAGAAGCGUCUCCAAACUGCAGUGCCACAGAUUUUUGCAAACCUUUCCUGCGCUGGGAUCUAUGGAAGCUGUUCUUGGUGGUACCAAGGCUUCAGAAAGGUCAUGCUUUGCAAUGGAAGUCUGCAGGUGACAAACUGUCGGCAAUGGAAGAGUGAAGCGGUCGCAGUGUGGAAAGGAGUCGUGUUCUAAGAACAGCAAACCUGUGGAACUGCUUACUUGAGAUCCAAUACAUGGAUCCUCCAAACCAAGUCUGGUAUUUGUGCUUUAUGCAAUCGUGCACACAGAACCUGAUGGAUGCUAGAAUGAAGGGCAACUGCCUGCCCAGUUGGAAGCGGUAGUGAAAACAUUUCUCUGUUCCUGUCAGUCUAGUCGGGUUUCCUGCACUGGAGCUGGAGAAGUGUAAGCUGUUCCUGGGCAUCUCUGUGUUGGUUGUAAGCAUCUUAGUGACAGGCAGUGAUGUAGAACCACAGAAUCACCAAGGUUGGGAAAGACC